GACAGAAGAAGAGCACUCUCUCAUUGGCAUAGGAUUUUGAAACCGAGGCUAACCACGGGAACCUAAGGGACUGUGGGAUGAUGUGAUAUUCUAAGACCUCUUUCCACUUGGCCAUUCAAUCCAGAAUUUUUUUUAAACCCGGAUAUAACAUCAGACAACCAAACUAAUGUAACUUUUCUGAAACUUUUUUCACAAAAUUAGAACACUAUAUUUCACACAGUUUUUUUUUUUGUGUACUCACCAACAAAUUAAUGACCAUGAUUAAGUACAAAUUCCUUGGCAUUUUUUCAAGGCUAACGUUGACAAUAGGAUCUUUUCUGAUCCAAGUCAUCCUUGGUUACAGCUAUAAAAAUUGUAUUGAAGUUUCCUGUAAAACUAAAUUCAAGUGCAUGAACCGCUAUGCAACGACACUCACUGCCUUUGUGAAGGACUUACCACCUACAGCAACCACUCUCAACAUAUCUCACAACACACUCUCUAAGAUCCCUCCACACUCUUUUGCUCAUCUCCAAAAUCUCACUCAUCUUACUCUGGAUUCUAACAAAAUAUCCAGCAUAAAUGAGCAUGUUUUCAAUAAUCUGAACCAUUUGAAAAGUCUUAACCUCUCCAGCAACAAUCUGACUGGACUUCAUCCUGGCAGCUUCAAAAGCCUCUACGCACUAACUGAGUUGCUUUUAGGUGAUAACAAGCUGCAGAGUCUUCCUCCGGGCAUUUUUAAUGGAUCCACUUAUCUGCAGAAUCUAAUAAUCCGAAGGAAUAUCUUGACUAAUUUCUCAGCAGUGAUUGAGUCUGUGAAAGAGUUAACACAUCUGACAAGGCUGGAUCUGAGCUACAAUGAACUAAAAUCUCUUGACAAUUCUGCAGACCUACCAUCAUCACUCCAGGUCCUGUAUCUAAGCAAUAAUAAGUUUACCACUUUAGGAUGUCAGCCUGGAUUAUUAAGCAGAAUCUCUGUGUUGGAUUUUUCUAAUAAUAAUAAUCUUUCCUCAAUACAUUUCAAGGGCUUAAACUUGAGUAAAAUCAAAUUUGUUCGUCUGCGAUUCACUAAUGUGACUGUGCCAGAACUUCUCAAACAUGCCCCAUCUCUAAAUCUUGCACAUAUUGACUUCUCGGGGCUAAAUCUUGGCAACAACUCAAUGAUCAGGACCUUGUGCUGGUUGCUGAGGAACUCAUCUACCGAGAUACCGUGGAUGGUGCUCCAGCAAAACAAGAUUCGAAAUUUGGAGGACAGGCUUUUCUUUAACUGUACUAAACUAACAGGCUCCUUGGAUCUUUCUAUGAACAAUCUGAAGAGCGUGAAAUGCCUUCAGUUUCUUGAGGGUCAACAUAGGCUACAGAAGAUUACUGUGGAGCACAAUCUUCUGACAGAACUAAACUCUUGCAAUUUGCUUUCAUCUCAUCAUCAUCAUUUCAACUUCACUACAGAGUUGAGCUUUCGUUACAACCGCAUUCUGAAAGUCAACAAAUUUGCCUUUGUACAUACUCCACGUUUAGAGACUCUCAAACUCAACAUCAACACAAUUGCCUUCAUGGAUCAUCAAGCACUGCGUAAUCUUACAAAUCUCACCACACUGCGCCUAGACAAUAACCUCUUGACAGAUCUCUACGCCGACAGCUUCAUUGAUUUGCACAGCUUAGAAACACUCAACUUGCGCAAUAACCAAAUCUCUGUGAUUUUCAAGAACACCUUCCAGUCUCUAAAAAGGCUCAAUAUCCUGGAUCUCGGAGGGAACAAAAUCACUCAAUUCAGAGAAGGGGCAUUCACUGGACUUGAAAAACUCCGCAAUAUUUACUUUGACCGCAAUCGUCUCAAACAAAUAGAGAUUUAUAAAUUUGCAAAGCUCUCUGCCACUCUGAGAGUUCUAGACCUGCAGUCCAACAUGAUUAGUUAUGUAACAGAGCAGACCACCUCUCCAUUUGCUAAUUUCUCAAAGCUAGUAGAUCUGAAACUGGAUGCACAGCAGCCAUAUGGAAUAACGCUUCUGCCUCAUGCUUUCUUCUCUGGACUGAUAUCUCUAACAUCCCUCUCCCUUACCAACAACCACAUCUCCAGUUUUAGAUCAGACGCCUUUGAUGACCUUCCCAGUUUAGAGUAUCUUAAUCUGGACACCUCGUGUGUUGGUGUGAUACCACUACCGUCAGGAAUCUUCAAAAACAUGCAGAAACUGAAAACUUUACAAGCAGAAAACAUGGGUAUUGAUUCCAUUUCAGAGCAUGUGUUUUGGAAUCUAACAUCACUGCAGAGAUUACAAUUAAAUCGCAAUGCCAUGAGAAGAUUAGAUCCUGUUGUUUUUGAGAAACUUCCUAAUCUGACAUACCUGGAUCUGAGGAAUACCCCACUCAGCUGCUCCUGUCACAACAGUGAGCUCCAGAAUUGGACCAAUACCAACCAGAGAGUGCAGAUAGUCUACUUGUAUAGCAUGAGAUGCCCUGAUCUGUCUAAUUCAAGUUUUUACAAAUUUGACACCAAGGUGUGUUAUUUGGACAUUGGAGUUUACCUCUUUGUCUCAACAAGUAAUGUGGUGUUUCUAUUGACAAUAUUACCUCUUCUUUAUGUUAAACUUUACUGGAAGCUGAAGUACGGCUAUUAUGUGUUUCGUUCAUGGUUUGGGGAACAAUGGCGUCGGCUGCGUGAUGAGGAAAAGGAGUGCAUGUAUGACGCGUUCAUCUCCUACAAUUCAGCAGACGAGGAGUGGGUGCUUAAGAAGCUGGUGCCAAACCUGGAGGGCAACGGCUCGUCUCUCCGACUCUGCCUCCAUCACCGCGACUUUGAGCCCGGCCGCUACAUCGUUGACAACAUUGUGUCGGCCGUGAACAAAAGCCGCAAGACCGUUUGUGUGGUGAGCCAGAACUUCCUGCGCAGUGAGUGGUGCUCGCUGGAGAUCCAGCUGGCCAGCUACCUCUUCUUCCAUGAGCUCCGCGAUGUGCUUGUGCUGGUCUUCCUGGAGCACAUCCCCGAGAGGCAGAUCUCAGCGUACCACCGCAUGCGGAAGGUCAUGCUGAAAAAGACCUACCUCCAGUGGCCCGGAUCCGACUGUACCGACCCGGACCAGGCUCAAGAACUCUUCUGGGUCAAACUGAGGAGGGCUCUGGGGAGCAGUGGCAGCAGAGGCCUGGCUGAUGUAGAGGAACGUGCUGGGGAAGAGGACACGUUCAUAGGAGAAGAGUGUCGAGUGAAUCCACCGCAGGCAAAUAAUGGGAGGAAUUUGAUUCUUUUGUGAAGUAUUUCUACCACGACUGUGCUCUCGAAUGUUUCAUGCAGAGUGAAUUAAAUAUAGUGUGAGCAAAAGUCCAACAGCUGACAUACAUAAAUAUUGCUUUUUGUUUUAUGCUGAAUGCAUUUGUAAAUAUUCUAAUUGUAAGGUAAAGACUGCAUUCACUCCGUACUUUUCUCUUACGAUGAUACUGUAAACAUAUAGAAAAAUAAUAUGAGAAAAAGAUUUUGAAGAUGAUAUGAUUUGUACAAGAAAAAAUCCAAAAAUGAAAUGUUUUAAAA